UGCCUCAGUUUUCUGUAAUCGCUUUUCUGUUGCUACCUUCAGUUAAAUAGCAAGGACACGAGCGCGAGUAGACGGCCGUGUGUGGAUAUAUUUCUCAACUGGAAUUAUUAAAGAGAAUACAGCAUCGACGGCCAGCUGCCAGGGCCAAGAUGUCCAGUGAGGUGCAGAGACCGGACGACAGCCCCAGCACCAGCGGGGGAAGCUCUGACAUUGAACAAAGAGAAUCAGUACCAACCGAACAGGAGAGGGAACAAGCACAGCCCAAAAAGAAGGAGACCAAGAUCUCAAGUAAAACUGCUGCCAAACUCUCAACCAGUGCCAAGAGGAUCCAAAAAGAACUUGCAGAAAUAACAUUAGAUCCACCUCCAAACUGCAGCGCUGGCCCCAAAGGAGACAACAUCUAUGAGUGGAGGUCAACCAUCCUGGGCCCGCCAGGCUCUGUUUACGAGGGAGGGGUCUUCUUCCUCGACAUCGCCUUCACACCUGAUUACCCCUUCAAACCACCCAAGGUAACAUUCCGUACGAGGAUCUACCACUGCAAUAUCAACAGCCAGGGAGUAAUCUGUCUGGACAUCCUGAAGGAUAACUGGAGUCCAGCCCUCACCAUCUCCAAGGUGCUGUUGUCCAUCUGCUCCUUGCUCACAGACUGCAACCCUGCUGACCCUCUGGUGGGGAGCAUUGCAACACAAUAUCUGACCAACAGAACAGAACAUGACAGAAUAGCCAAGCAGUGGACAAAGAGAUAUGCCACAUAGAUCCCCUAACGAUGACAUUCCCUCUACCACUCCUAACCCUUCCUCACUGUACUUCUCUCUACCUCUCUCUCCCCAGUCUGUUAAAGCACACUCAUUAAGUGCAACACUAUACCUAUCCUUCUCCUCCCCUUCACUUCCUCAACCUUUAUCUUCAUUUUCUGUGUAAAGAACUGUUCUUUGUUCCUUGUUGACUUGAAAGCUUUUUUUAUACAAAGAGUAGAUUGGGAUUUUUAUUUUCCAAUAUCUGAAAGUUGGAAUUAUUGUAUUAAACAUUCAUUGUCCUUCAACUAUACAAUAUGUAUCCUUGUUUUCUUAGUGGCUACAGGAACAAUGUAUAUGCUUUUACAUAACUUUUUUUGUGUUUUUUUUUGUUUGUUUUUUACAUAUUUCAGUCAUCAAUGUUAUGUGCAUGGAAAAGGAGGGUGAUUUGCAUCAAAAGAAAUGUCAUGCUCUUCAACUCCCUCUGGUUUUGUUUGUACUGUAUGUAUUUUUUCAAAGGCUUUUGAGGCAGACCCCAAAAGUAUAGGUCGACCUGUGAAAGAGGCAGGACUUGUAUAUUUACUGGCUACCCGCCACCUCUGUAAUGAAAGGGUGGUUUGUUGUGCACUUGUAUUACUGAAGCACCCAAUAAAACACACUGUGGUCGGCUUGUGA